AUGAAAAUGGAUUUGCUCCAAGCGUACAACCAACCAGGAUACGUGAUGCCUCUCUAUGCUUCAGUAAUGGGUCUUGUCUGUUUUAGCAUCCAUUCGGGUGGCUGCCGCAUUGCAAUGCAGGUGGCCUCGCUGGUCUCCCGAUACGACCAGCAACUGGCGGCGCAGUUCCUCAUUCUCAGUUCCGCGACAAUAGCAACAGUAACGGUUAUGGUUUGA